AUGCAGCGCUGGGGUGGGGUGGAAAUCCGAAUUACCGGGGCGUAUGUAAUGAUUUUCCCGGACGGAAUUAUGCCUCGGUAUCGGAGACGAAUUCGAGACUGGAAAUUGGAUGUUCUUUUUAAGUCGGAAACGAGGGUUACCAAUGGAUCGAUAGAAAUGUUUCUGGUCGAAAUAACUAAUGCUAUUGUGAAGAGCUUCGAGUUUUUAAUUGAAGAUUUUAUGUACUCUGGGGAUUAUUCUAUUGGUUUCAUCUUAUAUUUAGCUAUCGCUAUGUGA